ACUUGAAACAUUCAUUCCCCAAAGUUCCUUUUCGGAAGUGUCCAUUCCCUUUGGAAGUAAUUUUCUUCGUAUUGAUUUCAACACCACAGUACGCAGCUGUGCGUAAAGCGUUAAGGAAGAGGAAAGCCAGCGAUGACAGUGGCAGCAGGAAUUGGAUACGCUUUAUUAGCACUUGGCCCUUCUCUCUCCCUCUUCAUCGCUGUUAUCUCCAAAAAGCCCUUCUUGAUUCUCACUGUUCUUUCUAGUACAUUGGUAUGGCUUAUGAGCCUGAUAGUACUGUCAGCACUCUGGAGGGCUUUCCUUCCACUGAAAACAGCAGCAUGGUGGCCGUAUACAAUCCUCAUACUCACUUCUGUUUGUUUUCAAGAAGGGCUUCGUAUUCUCUUCUGGAAAGUUUACAAGAAGCUGGAGGAUAUAUUGGACGCAUUUGCUGACAGGGUCUCUAAACCUCGUCUCUUUAUAACGGACAAGAUGCAAAUUGCUCUUGCUGGAGGUUUGGGACAUGGUGUGGCUCAUGCUGUGUUUUUUUGCCUUGGCCUUUUGACACCUUCGUUUGGACCAGCGACAUAUUAUGUAGAGAAAUGCUCAAAGAUACCCUUUUUUCUUGUUUCUGCAACUAUAGCCCUUGCAUUUGCUACCAUCCAUACUUUCUCCAUGGUUAUUGCGUUCAGUGGAUAUGAAGAAGGAAACAAAGUGGACCAGUGUUUUGCUCCUGUUGUUCACUUAAUUGCUGGCAUGUUGACGCUGACAAAUCUUGCAUUUGGAGGCUGCAUGAUUGGCAUUCCACUUCUCCAUUGUGUAGCAAUCGUGACCUUGGUACAUUGCGGAAGGAUGGCAUGGAGGAAAUUGAUAGAAAGCCGAAGCAGGCAAUGAAACUUUAGCAAUGGCCACUAAGCAAGGAUAACCAUUAUCUUAUGCUUGGUGAGUGACAAAGAUUAGUAGUAUAUUGUCUAAUGCACGGAGCAUUUUAGUAGUGUAUUGUGUCACUGGAACUGUAUUCUUGUACACAACUGUGAAGUCAUGAACCGCCCCUCAUCUCUCCCCUUAGCAC